GCUUGAUUCAGGCAAGGUUUUUGAUCAUCUUCUGCUGUAAAACAGCACUGCGCCAUAAUCGUGCAAUUUGAAUGCUCAGACUAAUUCUUGUUACUGCUGUUACUCAGACUAGAGACUACUGAAAUGGAAAAGAAGUAAACUGACUUAAACAGGCCAAGUGCGUCUUUGAAAAACAUACAAUGCAUCAAGCGUUGGUACUGCGCCUAGCUUGUAUGGCCUGGCUGGUUCAGGCUGUAUGGACUAAUGAUCAUGGACUCUCCUGGGAUGAUUUGGAAGACGCGGAGGAGGACGUAUUGGAUGAGGUCCCCAUUCUCGGAAGGUCAAGUGUUCAAAUCGAAAUCUGCCCAAUCCCGGCAGCCCCAAAACGCUCCAGGGUCAAGUGUCGAAAAAGUCAUGGGAAACGCAUGUGCAAGGCCAGUUGUCUCAAAGGUUUUAAACUCCCGGAUGGAAACGUCACACAGAUAAUCAGCUGCAAUGAAGACGAUGGCAUCUAUACACCGAGAGAGGCAUUUGUUGACUGCGAAGCAUACUGCCAUGAACCAUGCGAGAACGGAGGCAAAUGCAUUGGUAACAAUGAAUGCGUAUGUAAGGCUACUUUCCGCGGUCAGAGAUGCGAAUACGCCGUGAGCCUUUGCGAUGGACAUUUCUCGGAGUUUCUCGGUACGUGGAGAUGUAGUCAUCAAAGGAAUGGAACUAUUUGCAGUCUUAGUUGUCCAGACCCCUUUUAUUUUGAGUUCGAAUCACCACAUACGCACCGAUGCAGUAUCGAAGGCAUAUGGACUCCGUCACGAGUGCCAACCUGCGUUGCCGACGACCCCGAACUGGAGCUGAUACCCGGAGAGGUUACACGAGAUGAAAUGGAACAAGCACGGGGAACAAAAAAAGAUGGAAACGAUCAUGAUCACUAUGAAAUAUAUGAAACUAUCUAUGUAGAUGAACCUGAAAAGGAAUCGAACGCAGUGGUUGUAGAAGCCCAGGAUGCGUCAUCAAACAUUAUCCGCCGAAAGAAGUGUCCCACAGGUGAGGAACGGGUCAAGUGUGUCCCAUCUUGUGAAGCAACGUGCGACAGACCAGAUAUUUCUUGUCCACCGACUCCCGAAGAUGAAUGUGUCGAAGGCUGUGUAUGUCCACAAAACUACGUCCGACAUGGGGAAAACUGUGUUCCACGAAAGGCCUGUCCAUGUUACCACGAAGGAUUUAUCUUUGAGAACGGACGUUAUAUCGUGCAGGACUGCAACACCUGUACGUGUAAAGAUGGCGAAUGGGCUUGCACGAGAGAAGUGUGUGACAGUGAAUGUGCCGUUCUAGUCAACUCGUUCUACGUUACAUUCGAUGGCAAAGGAUAUUAUACGGGUGCCGGUUCUUGCGCAUUUGUCCUUAUGCAGAUCACUGAUGGGCCUCAGAUUAUUCAGGAUCGAUCUUCCUGCCCGGAGGACGCUACCGAGGUCUGUGUCGGUGAUGUGGUGAUCAACCUCAACGACCUUUCAAUCCGUGUGACAUCUGAUCUACGAGUUCUAAAGGAUCAUAGGGAGCUCAGACAUCUUCCCAUUAUGCUGCCCCAUCAGAUCACACUUUCUCGACCCACCCACGAAUUUAUUCAGGUUGAUGUAAAAUAUAUCAGCAUUUUGACUAAUGGCAAGAGCCAAAUCUCGAUCAAGGCGUCGCCCACGUUCUUCAACAAAACAGUUGGCCUCUGCGGAACCUUCAAUCAUCAGCGAGCUGAUGACUUCACCACUCCAAAUAAUGACAUCACGACGUCGUCAGGAGCAAUUGCCGAAUCGUGGCUGGUCGAGAUGGAGGGGUGUAAGUUCACCCCCGUAACGUCUUGUCCCUCAAAUGGCACCUUCUACUUUGAACGGCUCGCGAUCUGCCAAAAGCUUUACAGAGACGAAUCAAUAUUCCAGGGAUGUAACGACAAAGUGGCUCCAGAGGAAUACUACAGUCUAUGCCUAAACGUGUUAUGUUCAUGCUCAUCGGAGACACCAGAAUGCCUUUGUCCCGUAAUCAGCUACUAUGCACAAUUGUGCGCAAAUAAAGGCGUUAUCACGGACUGGCAAUCUCAGUUGCCCCAGUGUACUUCUUUGUGCCACCAGGGCAUGCAGUACCAAUACUGUCAAUCAGGAUGUCACGCAUCUUGUGCGCAUCGAUCGCACUUCGGCCCCAACUGUACUCAAGGAGCAUGCGUUGAAGGUUGUGCUUGUCCAGCAGGUCAAACCUUUAGCACAACAGGCACCUGCAUACCGUAUGACUCGUGUAUGUGCUAUUUCGAUAAUCGCGAGUAUCCGGACGGAUUCCGGCAAUCGAGAACUCACCAAAACUGUGAAUGUCGAAAGGGUUUUUGGCAUUGUGAAGCAUCGACGGAUGAGUGCGACAACUGUACAGUCGAUGCUGUCGAAAUGAAGUGCCCGGAUCCAGAGGAGGUGUUUUCUCAGUGCGUUACAUCGUGCGAACCAACGUGUAAAAAUUUAAAGGUCAAGCGAGACGAAUGCGACAACGGGGUAUGUCACCCAGGCUGUACGUGCGCUAACGGUUAUGUUCGAGACGAAAGAACGAGGAAAUGUAUCCGUCGCAGUGAAUGUCCUUGUAUUCACGGAGGAUUGCAAUAUAAUGAAGGCGAGUCCGUUCAUCGGGAGUGUAACAAAUGCACCUGCGUGGACGGCACUUGGAAAUGCGCCGACGCACCUUGUCCGGGACAAUGUGACGUGUGGGGCGACACCCACGUGAAAACCUUCGACGGGGAAAUGCUCGACUUUGACGGGCAGUGUGAUUAUGUCAUCGUACGAGCAGAUAGUGAAUCGUUAAAUUCAGGCUGGUUCCAAGUAAUCCUUCGAAACUUUCGUUGUGCGACGCCUUCGGCCCAUUGCCGAAAAAGCGUCGUCGUUCAGUACGAAAAUCACUCUGCAACUCUAAUACGAAAUACAUGGCAUCUCUCGAGAGAAGCUCCGCUCAGUCCACAACACGUCGGCCUCUUCACUAAAAUGAUUCUUCCAAAUCAACUAACGGUCUACUGGGAUGGGAACACUCGACUCUAUGUCAUUGCGGGAAUUCAAUGGAAGGAACGAUUGCUCGGACUUUGCGGAAAUUACAAUGGGGAUGACACUGAUGAGCUACAAGUUUCUUCAGGAGGACCGCAAGUACAUUCAGUCCAAACGUUUGUCAAAGACUGGCAAUUGCAUAAGCACUGCAAACUUCCAGCGGCGAGAGAUCUCCAGUGUCGAAACGAGAGCAAGAAACUCGAAGCUCAGAGCCAAUGCGCAGUGUUGAAGGGGCCUUUGUUUGAAGAUUGUCAUAAUGAUGUUGAUGUCGAACCCUAUUUGGAAAGGUGUUUAGCCGACGCGUGCAGCUGUCAUGAUUUAGGCAAUUGUGAAUGCGUUUGCACCGCGAUUGCUGCGUACGCUCAUCGUUGUGCCCAGAGAGGGGUUCCUGUCCGAUGGAGACACCAAGACCUUUGCCCAAUGCAAUGUGACGAAGAUUGUGAACGGUAUACGCCGUGCGUCCCGGACGCUUGUGCAAACUCGCAGACGUGCCAGAUGGCUAUUGAACAGGGUGUUCAGAUGGAUUGUCACGAACCGGUCUGCGUCGAAGGUUGUGCUCUGCCGAAGUGCAAGGCUGGUUAUAUCCGUCUAAAUGCGUCCACUCACGAGUGCGUCCCUUCGUCCCAGUGUGGAGGCGGACAUGUCAGCGGCCUGGUUAACGUAGAACCCGUGUUUUGUCGGGUCGCAGACGGAAAGGGGAAUGGACAAGUCUACAGGGAAGGAGAUCGUAUGCCUUCCAAUGACUCUUGCGUUUCAUGCUUCUGUAUGCGCGGUGCGACUCGUUGCAUUGGUCAGCCCUGUACCCAAUCACUUAUAAAUAUCAACUGCUUCGACGGGUGGUCCGAUUGGAGGAGCGACAAUUCACCGCCUGACGCAUUCGGCCGGGAUCUCGAGUACCUCGUGUACCAUAAAUGCCCACGAGAGUCAAUCGUAGAUUUAGAAUGCCGACGGAUUCACGAUCAUGAGAUGUGGAAUCCUUACACUAUGGGAGUUUCGUGCGACAAAUCUAGAGGACUUGAAUGCGAGCCCCAUGAUCUACAGCCAUGUGAUGACUGGGAAAUACGCGUCCAGUGCUCAUGUCCUGUAGACCCGAGCGAGGUUGUUUCAAUAGACGUUCCACCAGCCUCUAUAAGCGAUGCGCAAACUUGUCUUAAUGGCCAGCAAUGGUCCACCUGCGGAAUUGACUGUUCACAAACGUGCCAUAAUUACCGCAAGAAUCUCAUGCUGCAAGGUCAUUGCCUGGAUAAGGAAUGCAUACCUGGUUGCCGUGAGGAAUGCCCACAAGGGCAAGUUCUUUUCGGACCAAACAAUUGUGUACCCAUCGAUCACUGCCCCUGCGUUUUACCAUCAGGAGAGAUUGUACCUCCUGGCGAAGUACGUGUUAAAGACGAAUGUCACGAGUGCCAGUGUUUACGCAACGAGAUGAUUUGUCAAGAGCUCAGCAAAUGCGAGCAACAACGUGAGGGCACCGUGCUCACAGAAACUAAAGUGCUUCCGCCAGAAAUGACCGAAGGCUGUUGGACCCAAUGGAUUAGUACUGAUAACGCAGACGCGGCUGGUGAUUUUGAGAAGCUGCGAUUGCUUAUUGGUCAAGGACUCGUUUGUGAACGGCCUACAGCUAUCCAAUGUCAAACUAAGGAAAGUCAUUUGUCUCCAGGAGGUAUUGACUGGACGGCAACAGGUCAAACGUUAACUUGCGACGUUAACAGUGGACUGUCAUGCUUCCACACCGCUAAUCCGGGCGAUGGUUGCUUUGAUUACCAGGUUAAAUUUUAUUGCCCGUGCGACGAGGUCGAGGGGAUCACUUAUGAUAAUAGAGUCAGUACACCGCCCAGUGCGGUCGUCGUCGAAUUUCUGUGUCCCGAAGCCAAUGGUCUAUUCCCCGACCCUGUAAACUGCGAUCAUUUCUACCAUUGUUCCAACAAUAUUCCCUUUCAUAAACCAUGUGCUCCUGGCACUCUAUUCCAUCCGGUGCUUAAAAUUUGCGAUCAUCACGGAAACGUUCAGUGUGGCCAGGGCGAGGUCCUCGUUCCCAUCUUUAAAUGCACCGUCCCGAACGGUUUAUUCCGUGACCCCAGUAACUGCCAUUGGUUCUACCAAUGCGUCAAUGGCGUCGCCUACCAUAAGCUCUGUCCAGUUGGAUUAUCGUUUAAUAUACACACCGGCAAUUGUGAUUAUACAUUGUUCUGCGAGCAGGAGCCCAAUGCUGUAAUGCCUGAUAGGGACCCAGAUGUCACACCACCUCCCUUGCCUCUGAUGACCAUUACUGAGCCCCCGAGACCAGUUAUGAUACUCGCCUGCCCGGAAGUCGGGGCAAAUAUGAUUUCGAUGUGUCCUGUGUGUGAAGUAGGAUUAUUGUGCGAUGGCCAGGGUUUCUGUGUACCUCCGGAAAGAUGCUCAUGCGUGCGUGACGGUAAAAUCUUCCCUGUUGGUGGCCGAGUUGAAGUAUCGAGCUGUCAGCAAUGCAGCUGCCAGCUUGGAGGACACUCCAUCUGUAGUCCUAUCGUCUGCCCUCCAUGUCAGAAUAACCGACCCGGAAUCGUCGAUAAUACGUGCCGUUGCGUGUGCGUUGAGACCGAGGCUGAGUAUUUCGCUUGUCAAUACAAAUGUGGAAACGGGCAAUGCCUCGAUGCUUCACGGGUAUGCGACGGUAUUGUAGACUGCGAUACCGACGAGAUGCAAUGCCAUGGUCAAAUGGAGCUUGAACCCUCGCCUUCUUCUUCAUAUGACCUAGUCUUGGAUCCUGCGACAUGUGAGCUAAUUGGUAAUCAUUUGAAGACGUUUGACGGCCAAGAGUUUUCUUAUGACUAUUGCCGAAACGUAUUUGCGAAAGACGUAGCUAAUGGAUUGUUCAGUAUCGUCGUGAGUCGCGAGUGUUCUUCAAUUAAACAUUGCGAAGCGCAGCUAUUUUUCAAAAGUGGCGAGCAGGAAGUCCAAAUCUUCCCGCAGUCUCAAGUGGUUAUUGUAAAUGGCCAGCCAUUCAAUGCUGCUCAACUGGCCUCGGCUGAACCCUUUGGUGGCACCAUCAAAGUUCUUUUGAUAGGAGAUGUCAUUGAGCUGACUUUCCGCGGAAACGAAGUAAGGCUGGUGCUGACUAGCAGCUCUAUGAAAGCAAUAGUAAGUCCACGUUUCUCGAAACAGUUAAUGGGUCUUUGUGGUCUAUUUAACUAUAACGAGAAAGAUGACAUGACAAACCCAGCUGGAAUGGUGAUAGACAACGUGAAACAGUUCGCCGACGCAUGGACGCUGCCACCAUCGCCUGGAGCGCUGUGCGUCUCGCAUACGUGCAAACCGGAGGUUACCCUUGAAGCAAUGGAUAUUUGUCGACGACUCAGCUCGCCGCCCUUCUCGGCUUGUGUUGAAAUGAAGAAUGCUUUCAAGGAUUGUCUGGCAGCUACAUGCCAUUGUCUUCAGUUAGGCGGAGCGGUAAAUAACUGUACCUGCAACGCCUACACGGCCUUCCAAACAGCCUGCGUUAACAGCCACGGACAUCAAAUCAUUAACCAGAUGGCCGGAUGGCGCCAGCGACACUCCUGUGCACCAAAAUGCCCACCGGAUCAGGAGUAUCACGACUGUGGACCGCAGUGCGUAGUUACGUGCCAAAAUUUCUUCGAAACUGGCCAGCUGACCUGCGUCUCGAACGACACCGGAACUUGUAUUUCGGGUUGCUUUUGUCCCGUGGGUCUCGUGAUUGAUUACACAACGAACUCAUGCAUUGAACCAGAAAGCUGUGCAGAUAAAGUAUGUGUCGGUUAUGGCGAUCCGCAAAUGAAAACAUUCGACGGCUGGAGUUUUUCCUUGGGCAAAGCAGGCGAAUUUAACAUUGCCUCAGAUCAUGACGGCCUGUUUACUGUACAUGGAGUUAUUGGUUCUUGUGCGAAACGAAUGGUUUGUGUUGUGGGUCUAGACGUAAAGUAUAACGGCCAUCUCAUUCGAGUCAGACGCAACGAAUUGACGGAAAUCGACGGCCACGUAUUCUCCGAGGAAAUGCUGCCUUGGAAGUCUCCGGAUUCGACACUUUCCGUGUUCUCAUUACAGAGCGGUUCUUAUGGGACAACCGUCAUAUCACUUUCUCGCCUCGGUGUUCGAGUCCACUAUAGUAACGAGGAUGCUGGAUUCUCUAUCCACGUUCCGUCGAAGAAAUUCUUCGAUAAAAUGGAAGGCUUAUGUGGUAACUGCAAUAACGACCCGAACGACGAUAUGAAGCUCAAAGACGGAGAGACAACCGAUGAUAUCUAUGGCUUCAUCUGCAGUUGGGGUCGCUUUGAAUCUGAGCAGAACCGUCGAGAGUGCAUCAUGGAAUUCGAUGGUGGGGAAGUUCCACUUUUAAUGCCAGCAGCCGUUGCUGAAGCCUGUGAACAGAUGUUCAAUGGCCCGACGAUAUUUGCGGGGUGUCACGCGUUGGUUAGCUAUGAACCGUACGCCCAACAAUGUAUGAAGGAAGCUUCCAGCCUCAGCGUCGUAAACGAGAGUUAUAUGAGCGCAGUCUGCAAUUCAGCCCUCGAGUAUUCAAGAAGAUGUUGCGAACACGGCAUUGCACUUCAGUGGUGGACGAACAUCGGAUGUAACACAACGUGUCCGGGAGACCUCAUUUAUUCCCCAUGCGUUGACGCCUGCCCCCAAGGCUGUGACGAAAUUUCUGAGUACGACGAAUGCCGGCGUAUUCGUAUGGACGGAUGUGUCUGUCCGCCGAACCACAUCAGAGACGGCAUCCGCUGCAUCCCCAAGACACAUAUCUGCACGACCCCAGCGGAGGAUUGCAGACCCGCAUCGAUGACAAAUUCAAUAUCGGUCUUCGAGUACUUCGAUUUGGUGCAUGGACGGUGUGCUAAUCAGGCGCCCGUCACCGAGGCUGCCGUUUGCUCAGGCACGUGCCAUUCGACAUCUGCUUUCAAACGUGAGGACGAUAUCGAAUCGGCAUGCGGAUGUUGCGUUCCGGUCAAGUGGGCCCCUAUCCUAGUUGAGCUGGCCUGCAAUGACGGGGCAACUAUUCACAGAGAGUUCCGUCGGCCCACUGCAUGUAAUUGCCAGCCAUGUGGAAGUCUGGGUAUGCGUAAUAGUAAUACGCGUGCAAUCAAGUUCACUUCGGAUGAGGAAUCGCCAAAAGCUCCAGCUGAACAAGUUUCGUCUAGCCACGUUGUCACCUCUACAGAUCCUGGGACCAAGAUUACUCAUCCAAUUGAUGACCCAAAACUUGCACUUGUACCUACCGAGGAUGCUGUUGGCUUGAACAAACCUCAAGAUACUCCGCCGACUACUGUGAACAAGAUUAAAAAUUCGGAUCAAGAAGACGCUCAAAGCUUGCAAAUUCCUGAUGCUCAGUAAACCCAGCCAACUUGUUCCUUGCUUCUCACCAUCAACAGUUAAAAAAAGUGUACCCAAAUAAUGUUCUUAUAUCCACAAUGAGUACAUCUCAUCUAUUCAUAUAUUUUAAAAACUUUUAACGAAAGCUCAGUGGACUUUAUUUUGCCUAAACUAGAACGUGUUCUGUAAGCAAAUAAUUAAGCUUGUCUCAGAGCUUUUAUAAAAAAUAUAUAUCAGCGUUUUGAAAUAACGGGUGAGUCUUCUUUGUGCAAUGGACAUGAAAAUAUGACAGUUCUUCUUACAGUCUUAGUAAACGUCAGCCUUUUGUGAUACCCUAUAUUGUAUAUGUAAAGAUAGAGUCGUACCAAAUAUCUACUACUAUAAUUAUUUAGUUAAACAAAAAAAUGCAUACAUAUAUUUACGCGUAAGACGGUUUGAUGCCCAAUCUGAAUCUUCGCUUGUUUUUCAACAUUCGCUAGUUGAAGCAUUUGUUUGAGUGUUGGUGUGUGCUACCAAAGGGAGAUGACAAUACCAUUCCAAUGGCAGGUACGAUAUUGCUUAGUAGAUUGUUGCACGUGAUGUAGUGAGUCCUAACUUUUCGAACCUCAUUCGUGUUGGUAGUUCUCUUAUUCUAAAUCGAAGUACACACUGUUAUGAUAUUGUUGGAUACUUUGAAUUUGGGGGGUACAAGAAGUAUCGGAGAGCAUUGCCGUUCGGCAGUUUUGCUAUCACCGUUCGAAUUUAGUAUCUUUGCAAGACUUUUGGGGGUGAGUCAGCAUCAAUAACCCUUCGUUCUUCACAUGCGCAGAUCACCCUAAAUGCUCAUUUUCAGAUUUGAAAUUUCUUCCCCACAUUCCUUCUAAACUGUGAUUCAUUGUUAAAAGUUUUACCGAAUACAAAGUUCCAAAAAGUUGUUCGGUAAUUCGUCUGCUAAAAGCCUAAGUCGA